AUGGUUAAGGAGCGGAAUACGAAUAUUAUGCAGCUUCUACCCGAUGAUGGGAAAAUUCAACCAAUUAAUUCUGAGGAUGAUUGGGGCAGUGAGGACAACGAGGAUCUCACCAAUUCCACGGAUGCCACACCCAGCAAGCCAAUCAUAACUCCUACCACCUCUGAUGUCUACUUUCAAUACCAGAAUAUCCCUGCUAGACCCAGUAAUUCUCUUUUCCCUUACCCGCCACUUACAGCCAAGGAAACACGCACCGCACUUGAGAAUGCCCCUCAAAAGCCCUGUGUACCCCGCCAAUCCCAUAAACGCCGCUACCUCCAAUGGAAAGCUGAGCUAUUUCUUCUCCACCGCCCACUAAUUUUCACCGGCUUCGGCAGCAAGCGGGGGGCAAUAGAUGAUUUUGUGCGGGAGCUAUCUGGGGAGUAUGAUGUAAUCACUAUCGAUGCCUUCAACCCGUCUAUCACUUUUCGCGGUGUGUUAGAGGGGUUAUUAGCGGUACAUCAGAAAAGCUCAAUUCCAUCCAGCACACCCACAGACGAGCUGAUGCGCAGCGUACAACUGCAAUACUCGCGCGCAUCCACGCCUCGCAUAGUGGCAGUAUUGCACAGUAUGGAUGCGCUCACCUUGCACGCGCGCAAGAACGUCGAUGUAGACAAGUUAAAGCGGGUGUUGGGGAGUGAGCGCAUCAGCGUAGUGGCCUCAGUCGACCAUCUCAAUGCUCCUCUUCUCUUCCCGGCUCACGAUGCCGCUGUUGGGCUGCCGUGGCUGUGGCACGAUCUCUCCACCCUUGAACCGCAUCUCAUGGAAAUGGCUCAGCGCGCUACAUCCCUCUUGCACAGCUCGCAGGCCGCAAGCAGCACUGGUAUCGUACCCACUGUUAGCGGAGCUAGACACGUUAUCGCCAGUGUGCCCGAUCGCGCUCGUAGAUUGUUCGUAGCUAUCGCUCAAUUGCAGUUGGAGAGAUGCAGCGAGGGUGAAAAGAGCGACGCUACUGCCCAAAAUACCUCUACCACCUUAACCCCCUCUCACGCCUCCCCGAGACACGCUCUAGUCAGCAUGGCUAAACAAUCCUUUAUCGCUACCUCGGAAGACGCUUUCGAGGCCGCUUUGGCUGAGUUUAGAGAUCACGGCCUCAUUCAAUCGUCGUCUUCUCCGCCUUCUAACACUCACGUCGACGGUCCCGAGCAGUAUAUCUGGAUACCACUCGACCAGCGCUCGUUGAGGAGGACCUUGGAGGAUGGUGAUUAG